AUGUCCACCACCACCACGGCGACCAUUAUCAAUCCGAUGAUCAGCAAACAGCAGCAGCAGCAGACGAUCAAGCAGGAGGUUCUGUCCGACCUCGAGAUCAUCAAGUCGGAGGAUGAGUCUUCGGUGGAGGUAGCACUUAAUGGCAAUGGACUUGGAGGCGGUGGAAACGGAAGUUCAUCCAACGGAAUUGGCGCCGUUGCUGCGGCAGCGGCCGCUGCAGCCGCCGCCUCAGGUGGCAAGUGCAUCCUCUACAUCAGCAGCUCUUCGGGCGGCAAUUUGACCGUCUGCAAGACCACCACCACUCCCAACUCCUCCUCAUCGUCGACCACCUCAGAGGAGUCGCUGGACGUGAAGAAUGGCCACAACUACAGCAGCAAUAAGGCGGCGGCGAAUAAUACCGGAAACGGUCAUCACAAUAAUAAUAAUCACCACAAUCAUCACCCUCAUAACUCUCACAACAACCACCAAGUAAAUACCUCAGCGGGCAGCCUGCAAAGGCAGCAGCAACAUCAUCUCAACAGUACCGUCACCACAACUGCCAAUAGUAAUAAUAAUAGACCAUUGGGGAAGAGGAUAGACUUUGCCAAGCAGCAACAGCAGCAGCAGCUUCAUCAUGGCAGCAAUAACAAUCUUGAUCUCUACAGCGCACCGGGCAGCCUGGAGCAGUCGCCCUCCUCCUCGCCGCUCAGCUUCAACGCCGAGUCGUCGAACCACCACCAACACCCACAGGACAUGUUCUGCUCAAGUACGGUCGGCGGCGAUGGAAGUGGCGGUCAGCAGCACCACCUGCUGGACACCACCACCGGCAGUGACCACUCCUCCUCGGUGGGCGGUGGUGGUGGUGGUGGGAUGAAGGGCUCGGCGACGGCGGCCACUUCUCGCGGCGACGGCUCUCCAAAGCGACUCUGCCUGGUCUGCGGCGACACUGCCUCUGGCUUUCACUACGGCGUGGCCAGCUGUGAGGCCUGCAAAGCCUUCUUCAAGCGCACCAUUCAGGGCAACAUCGAGUACACCUGUCCGGCGACCAACAACUGCGAGAUCAACAAGCGCCGGCGAAAGGCCUGUCAGGCGUGUCGUUUUCAGAAGUGCCUGCGCAUGGGCAUGCUCAAGGAGGGCGUCAGGCUGGAUCGGGUGAGGGGAGGGCGGCAGAAGUACAGACGCACCUCGGAGGCGCCCUACGGUCAUGUCGGCGACAAUCGCAUCGUCGCAGCGCUGAUCAGCUGCGAGCCGGAGGCGAUCGUCCUCAACAGCAGCCUGAUGUCCAGCCCCAGCUCCAGCUCGGGCGGCAGCUUCGCCUCUGUGAGCAGCAGCCAGUACAAGAACCUCUCCAUUCUGAGCGAACUGGUGGACAAGGAGCUGGUGGCGACGAUCGGCUGGGCGAAGCAGAUUCCCAGCUUCAGCGAGCUGACGCUCAACGAUCAGAUGCGCCUGCUGCAGUCCACCUGGGCGGAGAUACUUGCCCUCUCGCUUGCUUUCAGAUCUCACCAGUACAGCUCGCCGCCGAACACGCCCGCCGGCCUCAGUCCGAACAACGCCAGCUCCACGACGACGCCCAUCUUCAACAAGCUCGUCUUCGCCACGGACUACAUUCUGGACGACCAGGCGGCGACGCAGUGCAACGCCGAGGCCUUCUUCAGUCAGAUGAUCGCCCUCAUCGGCCGCCUGCACCAGAUGAAGAUCGCCAAGGAGGAGUACCUGCUGAUGAAGGCCAUCAUCCUCACCAAUGCUGAUAUUCCCCUGGAGAACUACGAGCGCGUGGCAAAACUGCGCGAAACGCUGGUGCACGCCCUGCAGGAGACG